GUGGCGCAGGGGCCCUGGGUGUCGGUGCCUGCGGUGCCGGGCAGUGCAUGACGGUGGGUGGUGGGUCCGGGAUGGCGGCGCGGCGGCUCCUUCUCUGCGUGGUGGCAGUGCUGAUGCUGCUGGCGGUCGGCGGGGCCAUCCCUCCGCCCGAGGAAGCGGCGCGCAUGGCUCGCUACGUCCUGCACAACUGCGACUGGGGAGCGCUGGCCACGCUCUCCACGCAGGAGGGGCUGCGCGGCCAGCCCUUCGCCAAUGUCUUCUCCCUGAGUGACGGGCCCCCCGGGCCGGGCAGCGGCAGCGGGGUCCCCUACCUCUACCUGACCGACUUGGAGAUCUCCGUGCAGGAUCUGGAGAUAAAUUCAAAUGCCUCCUUAACUGUGUCUUUGGCACAGACUCCUUACUGCAAGAAGCACAGGUAUGAUCCCCAGAAUCCCCUCUGUGCUCACAUCAUCUUCUGUGGGGGUAUUGUAAAGGUGAAUGAUUCAGAAGCAGACAUAGCAAAGAAGGCACUAUUCAGUCGCCAUCCUGAAAUGGAAGGUUGGCCUAAAGAUCAUAAUUGGUUCUUUGCCAAAUUUAACAUCACCAAUAUUUGGGUCCUGGACUACUUUGGUGGUUUGAAAAUUGUGACACCAGAAGAAUACUACAGCAUCAAGCCUUAGUGGAGAAAGAUCCUUGGUGAUGCUGAUACACAAAAGAAUUACUUUGGCUGUUUUGUGAAAGGCUUAUUUUUUUCUAUCUAUUGUUAAGCUGGAUUAAUAAUGCAAAAAAAUCAAGCACCUUCCAUUGUUAAUGAACAUUUAUAACACUUCUGAAGCAAAUGUAAAUUCUUACUAACUAGCACAGAUUGAAUCAUGGCGCACUCAAAAACCUUUGUGCAUAAGCCAUAACUAAAUUUUAUUCAUUGGAUGUGAUUCUAGAAAGGUGUCUCUCUGGCAGUCUUCAUUUAGAAAGGCUGUGUUUACUAGUAACUGAAGGAUUAGUCCAGUUCUAAAACUUCCAGUGACUCAGGCACAGAAUAGCUUCUUGUGAUCACUUCCCAAUUAAAUUAUUUUUUUAAUAUCUGUGUACUUUAGAUCUUUGUGGCAAAGUACUACAGGGUGUCUCAGCUGACUAUGGAGUGGAAAGCAUUGCUUGUAUUGCAGUGGCAAAUGGUGUGCUGAGUUCCCAAAUUCUCUUACGAAUUUUCUUUGUAUGCCAAUACACUCACUUGUCUAAGCCAUUUUUCUAUUUUGCCACCUAUGUGUUAUAGAAUAUGAUUGUGUUUGUGCAAACUGUGCAUAAAGCUCCUCAUAAGGUUUUGGUAAUUCUUCAGCUUGCAGUGAUUAUAUCCCCUGACUCUUUAAAAGAAGGUGGUAAUGCCUAAUGUAUCUGGCUUUUGUGUAAGGGAAGAAUAGUGGCUUGUAAAUUCAACUACUAUGUUGUGGAAGGCAAAUGUUUUCUUAUUAGGAAUCUGAAAUUUUCAGCAUUGUUAAUAUGAUCAAAUUGCAAUUCAAGAGCUACCCUCAACAGUAGAACUGAGCAGAUUUUUCAUUUUGGAAGCCAUACACAGCAAUUUUGGCUUAGUAACCCAGAAGCAACACAGAAGCUAAUACGAUAUGACAUAUGAUUUAUUAAUUGUAGGGAAUGAAAAUUAAUGAAAGGGAUGCAUAAUUAAUUAUCUGUUAAAAUAAGCCACACACAACCACAAAAAAAUAAAUUAAUACUCUUACAUCAUCCCUCAUUUCCCAUAUGGGAAGUUCAGAAGGUAUUACGAACAAUUAAGUUGAUUUUAAAAUGAGCAAAUAUUACCAAGCUGACAGUAAAGAAUGUGAAAAUAUUGACUACUUAGAGGCAUACCCAUAUAUAGAACAGUAGAAUUUGUCAUAUCAAAUCAUCUCUACAUCUUAAUGCUUUUAUUAUAUCACUGCUUUUCUUAAAUACUAUGAUGAUUUGUGAAAGUUUUUUGAGGUAAUAUAUUAGGUUUUUCUUCUCUGAAACGGGGGAAAAAGGUACUUGUUACUAUAUCAAACACACUGUACUAUUUAAAAUUAUUUUAGGAUAAAAAAAUUACAGUAUGGAAACAGUUUGUUUUGAACAGAUAACAUUGACAUUAAAUAUUAAUCUGAAAAUAUUUUUAUAUGAGGCAUAAAAAUUGUGGAAUUUCAAAUGAUCCUUUGGUAAAGACUUGAUUCUUGCUAUGUUGACACCUGAAUGUUACUCCAUAAUUUUUAUUGUGUGAGACAGCUUAUGCUGAACUUUGUUAAAAUUAAAGUAUUUUUUGACAAGUGGUGUUGCCAAUUAUUGCACAUUCAAUAAUACUUCUCUUCCUCAUUCUCACUCAAGCACCCUCUCUUUGCAGUCCUUGUUUUAUUGUCACUCUGGAGUCUUUCACUCGUGUUGGAAUAAAUGGUGAAACACCUCUCUUA